AUGACUUCAGCGAUGAGAAUAUUAUCAUACGGUGUUGCAGCAGAUGCAGUUGAUGAUUACAUACGUAUUGGGGAAAGCACUGUGAUUCAAAGUUUGCAACAAUUUUGUUAUUCAGUGAUUGAAAUCUUUGGAGUAGAAUAUCUGAGAUCUUCGACACCAACUGACAUUGCUAGGUUGCUUGCUAUUGGCGAGAUUUGGGGGUUUCCGGGUAUGUUGGGAAGUUUAGAUUGUAUGCAUUGGGAGUGGAAAAAUUGUCCAAAAGCAUGGCAAGGUCAAUACGUAGGCCAUCAAAAAAAGCCAACCAUUAUUCUUGAAGCAGUAGCUUCUUAUGACUUAUGGAUUUGGCAUGCAUUUUUUGGAAUGCCUGGGUCACACAAUGACUUGAAUGUAUUAGACCGGUCACCUUUGUUUUCUGAUCUUGCCCAAGGUAAGGCUCCCUCUGUCCACUAUACUGUUAAUGGACAUAGUUACGAUAUGGGUUAUUACCUUGCUGAUGGUAUAUACCCGCAAUGGGCAACACUGGUUCAAACAAUUUCUUCUCCCCAAGGAGCAAAGAGACAACAUUUUGCAAUGAUGCAAGAGUCUGCUAGGAAAGAUGUCGAGCGGGCAUUCGGAGUCCUCCAAUCUCGAUUCGCAAUUAUAGGUGGUGCUGUACGUUUUUGGGAUCCAAAAAUGCUUGCCAACAUAAUGAAGACUUGCAUUAUAUUACACAAUAUGAUUGUUGAAGAUGAGAGGGAGGAGCACCUUGAUUUUGAUUAUGAAAUUUCAUCUACCAACACACCAGUGCAACUUUCCUCUACUCCUACCAAUGACUUUGAAUCAUUUUUGUCUCGUCAUUUAGGUAUUAGGGAUAAAAAUGCAUAUCAUGCCCUCCGUAAUGAUUUAAUAGAACAUAUGUGGCAUCUUCGCGGUGAAAACUAG